CCUUAUAAAAAUCCCAUGUGUAUUACCUUUUUCAUAGCCAGCUCCAUUAGAAAAUUAUCUAUAACUCUCUUUUGGAGUACAAUAUAUACUCAACACAGGGUAGUAGGUUUUGAGCACUAAUGAGGCUGUUGGGAGGGAUGGAGCGGGGGAGAAGAACUCUUGGGGCUGCUUGGGGGUGCUUUUUCAUUGCCUUGUGGGUGGCCACGCAGGGGUUCCCGGUCGAGGAUCUCGUCGGGAGGCUCCCCGGCCAACCAUCGGUCAAUUUUAGACAAUUUGCAGGUUACGUCGAUGUCGACGUCGACGCGGGAAGAAGUUUGUUUUACUAUUUUGCUGAAGCUCAGAAAGAUCCCCAUCUCCUGCCCCUCACUCUCUGGCUCAAUGGAGGUCCAGGUUGCUCGUCUGUUGGUGGGGGUGCCUUUACAGAGUUGGGGCCCUUUUAUCCCAGAGGUGAUGGCCGAGGCCUUCGAAGAAACUCCAUGUCCUGGAAUAAAGCCUCGAAUCUGCUGUUUGUGGAGUCUCCUGUGGGGGUAGGAUGGUCAUACUCAAACACAACGUCAGACUACACUUGUGGUGAUGACUCCACAGCCAGGGACAUGCUCACCUUUAUGUUGAAAUGGUAUGACAAGUUUCCAGCUUUCAGAGAUAGCUCAUUUUUCCUCACAGGAGAAAGUUAUGCAGGCCAUUACAUUCCUCAGCUAGCUGAAGCAAUGCUGGACUAUAACAUUCACUCAAAGGGCUUCAAGUUCAAUAUCAAGGGAGUUGCUCUUGGGAACCCAUUACUUAAUCUGGACAGGGAUGUCCCAGCAACCUACGAGUUCUUUUGGUCUCAUGGCAUGAUUUCCGACGAGGUUUGGUUUGCAAUCAAUAGAGACUGUGAUUUUGAUGAUUAUCUGUUGACUACUCCACACAAUGUAACCAAAUCCUGCAUCCAAGCCAUCGCCGACGCCAACGGUAUUGUUAGCGAGUACAUAAACACCUACGAUGUUCUUUUGGAUGUCUGCUACCCCUCCAUUGUCCAGCAAGAGCUGAGAUUGAAGAAACUGGCGACUAAAAUAAGCAUGGGAAUUGAUGUGUGCAUGACCCAAGAAAGGCGUUUCUAUUUCAAUUUACCAGAAGUUCAAAAGGCUCUUCAUGCUAAUCGUACUAACUUGCCUCAUCAAUGGUUCAUGUGCAGUGACUUAGUAGAUUAUAAUUACAAUGAUACGAACAUCAACAUGCUUCCCGCGCUGAAGAGAAUAAUCCAAAACCACAUCCCGAUUUGGAUCUUCAGUGGGGAUGAGGAUUCAGUGGUGCCAUUGAUGGGGUCUAGGACGCUAGUCCGAGAGUUGGCUCAUGACCUUAAAUUCAAGAUCACAGUACCCUACGGAGCUUGGUUUCACAAGGGCCAAGUCGGGGGCUGGGCCAUCGAGUACGGUAAUAUACUGACAUACGCAACGGUGCGUGGGGCAGCUCAUAUGGUGCCCUACGCUCAGCCCUCAAGAGCUCUGCAUUUGUUCUCUUCAUUUGUAAGAGGGAGGAGGCUGCUCAAUUCUACCCGCCCUUCCAUCGACGAUUGAAACAAAACAAAUUAAACGUGAACGUGUUUGAUUUGGUUUGAUUGGGUUGGGUUAAUGAUAAUGGAAAGAGUGGAAUGUAAUGCAAGAUUUUGUUUAGAAAUAAUGAAAAGCUCCCAACUCAUUGAUUUA